AUGAGGUCCGCAGCGGGGUUUACCGUCAACUCUUCCAUCCAGAACAGCUUAUCACAGGAAAAGAGGAUGCAGCCAACAACUAUGCACGGGGACACUACACUGUCGGAAAGGAGAGCAUCGAUCUGGUGCUGGACCGUAUCAGCUAUGACAUCUGCCAACGCAACCUGGACAUUGAGCGGCCAACUUACAUCGACCUUAAUCGCCUGA